AUGCAAGGAAUCGAUUUCCUCAUCGAUUUGCACAUUAUAGAAAUUCAUGGCCCGAAUAUUGUGUUGGGAAUGGAAUGGCUAGAAUCGUUGGGUAAGAUCUCCGCCGAUUUUGUUGGGAAGACAUUAGAGUUCAGACGGAACGGGAUCACGCUGGCGUUGCACAGCGUCCAACCAUCACCGCGCCUGAUUUCCUUGCGGUCCUUGGCAAUGCUUGCGUCCCAUUCAUCUACCCAUGACUUUUACGAGAUUAUACCGGUCGUCACGAAGAAUGGGGAGACCGGGACAAUGUCUGAAGAAGUCUUUCCGUCCAAUACACAGUCGGAGGUACCCCUACUUUCAGAAGAACGAGAUCAAGCGGAAAGUCCGCGACAUGCUCGAGCAGGGGCUUAUUCAGCGGAGCCACAGCCCUUUCUCUUCUCCGGUCCUCCUUAUUUGGAAGAAGGAUGGCACAUUCAGGCUGCCAUGAAUAGUAUUUUUCAGCCUUUGCUGCGGAAGUGUGUGAUCGUCUUCUUCGACGAUAUUCUUGUCUAUAGCCCGACGCUAGAAGAACACUGUUCUCAUUUGGCAGAAGUGCUACAGCUACUGCAGUCACACCAGUUCUUCGUUAAGAUGUCCAAGUGUUUGUUAUGCGACACGACAGUAGAAUAUCUGGGUCAUCUGGUAUCGGAUGGAGUGCUUAAGGCUAACCCAGCAAAAAUUGUGGCUAUGACCGCAUGGCCCCAGCCUAUAUCGGUUAAGCAGCUACGGGGGUUCUUGGGAUUGAUGGGAUAUUAUCGUAGAUCUACUAAAAAGGAGGCAUUUGCUUGGUCCCCGGCGGCAGAAACGGCAUUCGCUGAUCUCAAGCAAGCUAUGACGUCAGCACCUGUUCUGAGUCUGCCGGAUUUCGACAAACCAUUUUGUAUAGAGACAGACGCUUCCGACAUCGGCAUCGGGGCGGUGCUAAUCCAGGAUAAGCACCCGAUCGUCUAUUUCAGUAAGAAGUUGGGUCCAGGUCGCCGCGUUGCCUCGACUUAUCACAAAGAACUGUAUGCAAUAGUAGAGGUUGUGCAUAAAUGGCGCUGGGAUGAUAGUGACGACACCACCGUCGCCGGUGACCUGGCGACGACGGCAGUCCCACCUACCAGGGCCGACGACUUCCUUCCGUCAGAGGGGCGGCUUUCUUCGCGACAGUCGCCCAACCGGCACAGCACCACCGCAUCUAUCCUUCACCGACGGCCUGGUUUAUUUCAAGUCCGGAUCCUACUCAGUACUCACUCCAAGCUUAAACACCCUCUCUUGACGGAACACCACUACACGCCCAUUGCUUGCCACCCCGACCAUGAAAGGACUUUUCGCCUGCUGUCGGUAGGAUUCUAUUGGCCUCAUAUGCGCAAGGAUGUGAGGAAGUUUGUCGAGGCCUGCGCAGUGUGUCAGUCGACCAAGUAUUCCACGCAAAAGCCUGCAGGGUUGCUGCAACCACUAUCGAUCCCAUCUCAGGUUUGGGAAGACGUAUCCAUGGACUUCAUUACGGGUCUUCCCCCAUCGAGAGGUUAUACCACGAUCAUGGUAGUGGUGGAUCGCCUCUCCAAGUAUGCGCACUUUGCCCCGCUGCCUACAAAGUUUGAUGCCUUACGCGUGGCACAUUUAUUCAUCAACACGGUGGUUCGGCACCAUGGCUUUCCGAAGACAUUGGUUUCUGAUAGGGACUCAGUUUUUUGA